GUGAAGCCAAGUUUAGGAUUGAACAAAAAGCACGCCAUUAAAAUUACUUCGCCCGGAAACUUUGAAAGCGACAAAACGUCUCAUAAAAAUGGAAUUGAAGCUGCGAGAGAAAAAACUAGAUUGAUUCUUCCACAUCACUACCUUAUUCGUAGACAUUCGAUAUUUGUAGACCGCAAAAUUGAUUCUGCGAAACUAUCAAGUUGUUGAAUUUUAAAAUAUGGACUUUUUCAGAAUUUAAUAAAGCCAAUAUCCGGGAAAAACUAGCUAAAUAUUUGCUGAUUUAAUUUUGGAGAAGGGGAUAAUGGGAGAGUUAUCUGGUGAGAGAUAAAAACCAACCCUUUUGAAACAUGGGAUUUGUCUGUCUUGAAGAUUGGACGAAUAACAACCUUCGACCCUCACACCUGUAGAUAACCUUUCUGAGAAUUUGGCGGUCGGGUGCCAACAUUUAGGGUGUCAUUUGGCUUUCAAGCUCAGUUUAUAUUUGUGCUUUGUCAGUGAUUGGCCUCGAAACAAAAAUGUUAACACCAUCGAGUUCCAGUAAUAGAGACGUUUCAACAAUUUCAACAGAGACUUGGUCAUCAUGGUAUUUCACCGAUAACGGGAUUGGAACGUCGAUAGACAAUGACACAAGCACUGAAUAUUCAAACCCCGAAAAUUUUGAAAAGCAAAUUUGUGAUUUGCAAGCACUACGACAAAAAUUGCUUGAGGAAGAAAAGAAAAAAGAGACGUUUUUGAAGCAAGUUAAUGCUGAAGGCAAGUUCGAUCAAGCAAGAUUAGAAGCUGAGAAAAAUAUUUUGUUAGCAACACUUAAAACCAGUCUUCUAUUGGCCGAGUUCAAACAUAAAUAUGAAUCGCAAAGAGAGAGGGAUUAUUUUAACAUCGGUUCGGUUACCAUUUCCGACAUCAAGUUGCACUGCGACAAAACCCAAUAUUUGAAAAAAUUCAAACACUAUUUUCUAUGUGCGCUGACUACUGGCAGUAAAUUAUUUUUAAGUCAGAUCGUACAAGCAGACUCCAAGGAUGUUAUAAACUUCAACAUAAAUCAUACGUUUCUUAAUUUACCGGUCGAUUUCGAGAUCGGAGUCAGAAUUUAUAUUUUACGGCAUCGGAAGAAGACAAUUACAGAUAAGUUGUUGGGUUGGUUUAAACGUGGUGUUCCAGAAGAGAAUAGCUACCGACGUAACUCCUUGUUCAAAUUAUGGAAAGAGGCGUCGAUUAAAAUUUCGAAUGUUAACGAAACGAACGAGAUAAUCUUGGACUUGUUUGACUCAAAAUUGUGUAAAUUAGUGUAUGACGUAACGGCGAAAGUCGACACUUCGAGUUUCUUGUAUUCGGGAUGGCUGGAUGUGAGUCAGAAUGGAUUGUUUUGGAAUCAGAGGUGGUGUGUUUUGCAGGGAACUCUAUUGAAAUGUUUCAACUACCCUGUAGAUCAUAGUUUCAAUAAUCCGUUGACUACAAUUGAUUUAAAAUAUUGUGUAACCAUUAGAGAUCCUUUUAUGUAUGAGGCUUCCAGAAAUAGGGUUUUGGUUCUAGAAAUGAACGAUGAUUCUCAUCCUUUUGCUUAUUAUUUAUCAACAUAUUCAGUGCAUGAAUUUAAUCAAUGGAAGUGUCUUGAAAAAUUGGUGGCGACAUUGCAACUUUGGGCAAAAUACAAUUGUAAGAUUAUAUGAUUAAGUAAAUCAAAUAUUUGUGAGAUACACUGAUGUAAUAAUUAUAAUUAUAAAAUAAAAUAUUGGUUGAAGAAUAAUAAAAAACUCAA